AUGGCAAUUGAGCUCAAGGACUUGGCGCCGCUUCUCCUCAAGACGGAGCGCGCCAAUGGCGACAUCGAUCCCUCGGUUCUAACCACCAUAUUGCGCGGCGGUCAGGUGGCCAAUGACCGUCGCAAGGAGCUGCUACAAGUGAUCGAGCGUCACCCAGUUCUCUCGGACCGCGACAUGAUGUACCGCAACCACACGGAGCGCUACAAUUUCGGCGUCAAGAAGGCUUUCCACUACAUCAAACUGUUGCAAGAAGGUGGCUACACGGACCCAGUGGAUCAGCAGAUUCUGUAUUCCGCUAUGGGAGAGCCCACGGCUAUCGAAGUGCAUCGCUCCAUGUUCGUACCGACUCUAGAGAACCAGGGAAGUGACGAACAACGCGCCAAGUGGCUGCCACUUGCCAAGAGCUUUAAGAUCCUUGGUGCUUACGCUCAAACGGAAUUGGGGCACGGCUCCAAUGUGCAAGGCAUCGAGACUGUCGCUACAUACGAUAAAGCCACUCAGGAGUUCAUUAUUGACUCACCCACUCUGACAAGUCGCAAGUGGUGGCCUGGGGGUCUGGGCAAGACAGCCAAUCACGCCAUGGUGCAUGCAAGGCUGUUUUUGAACGGGAAGGACGUGGGCGUACAGGCGUUCCUGGUGCAGAUCCGGUCGUUGAAGAACCACGAGCCGAUGUCCGGUGUGGAGGUGGGAGAUAUCGGCCCAAAAGUCGGAUUCCAGCCCAUUGACAACGGAUACUGUGCCUUCCAUAAAGUCCGCAUUCCACGUGACAACAUGAUGAUGAGGUAUGCCAAGGUACUGCCUGACGGAACAUUCGUAAGGCCUCAAAGCGACAAGCUCGUGUACCUGACUAUGGUACAGAUCCGAGCGUACUUGAUCCGUUGGCUUGGACAAGGAAUGGGAAUGGCCACGACGAUCACAACACGCUACAGUGCUGCACGUGUACAAGGCCGCAAAGAUCCUGGGUCCUCGAAGGGAGAGUUCCAAGUACUGGACUAUCAGAACCAGCAGCACGUCUUGUUCCCGUACAUCGCCGUCUCGUACGCUGGCUUCUUUGCUGGUACGAGUCUAAUUGCCAUGCAUGAUUCUGCUCUGGAAAUUGCGUGGCUGGCCAACCACGUGAGCGACGGCAUAGAGAACUGUCGUCGUCUGUGUGGUGGACAAGGCUUCACCCACUCGAGUAAUCUGGGUCACUUGUUCGCUGAGACUGUGGGUGCUUGUACGUACGAAGGAACGUUUGAUGUGUUGGUGAACCAACACGGACGCUACCUUUUGAAAGCUCUGUACAGCGGCAGCCAUCUCCCUGACAGUCCAACUGCAUUUUUGGCGAAUGCAAAGGCCCAUUCGAAUCCGAAUCUGCGCUGCAAGGCUCAGAAGCCUCAGGAUUUCGCUGACCUUCAACUGUUGCUUGAGGCAUUCCGUGUCCGUGCAAGUCGCGCGAUACUGACCCUGGCGGCAGAGAUGAAGGCUAAUAAGAACGACGCCAAUGCGUGUAUGGUACAGAUCACGCGUGCGUCGACUGCUCACGCGGAGCUUCUUCUGGUCGAGGCGUUCGUCAACGGGUUGAGCUCGAUCCCGUCUGGCAACGAGCGCCGGGCUGUGACGCAUCUGUGCGAGCUCUUCGGUGUGUGGCUGAUCACCAAGACUCUGGGUGACUUCCGUGAAGACGACUACAUCUCUUCAAAGCAAGCUGGGAUGGUUCGUCGUCAGCUUGUGAGUCUACUGCUCGUCAUCCGCAAGAACUGUGUACUGUUGACAGAUGCUUGGGAUUUCACCGACUUCGAGCUGAACUCGACGAUUGGCCGCUAUGACGGCGAUGUGUACCGUGCGCUGGUCCGUCGUGCGGCCGAUGAGCCUCUGAAUAAAACGCAAGUGCCCGAGUGCUACGAACAAUUUCUCAAACCGCUUUUGCAAUCAGCGCUGUGA